AUGGAAACUAAAUAAUAAUUUAUAUUUUCAGAUAGAAUCAAAUUAUUGUAAUAGUUGGGACCUGAACCAGAAAGAGAAGAUAUUUAAAAGCUAGCCACAAUGUACAAAAUACCAGAAGGGAAACUUUAGAAAUGGCUUAAUCAGUAUGAUAAAUAUGUGCUGCCUUAGAGGAAAGAAACUAUAGAUUCUGAUGAUGAAUAAAUAAACAAAUUAAUAUAAGAACAAAGAUAAUUAUGCUAAGAACUAUCAGCUUUGGUGGAAUAAAUUAAUGAAAUUCAUAAAAAGAAAUUCAUAUCUUAUUAUUAAUGA